UAAAGGGGAAAAGACGCUCAUCGCCUGGUUAAGGAAAGAGACGAUCGCGAUGGUUGGGAGACCAGUCGGGAGAGGGGCGUGGUGGGACUGUGGACUUGUCCUGUGCCUUUGUACCUUGUUUUUCUCUUCUGCGGAAGGUCUGCCCUUUAAGUUUGCCUCUGUGUAUGGAGACCACAUGGUGUUACAGCAGGCCCCCCACAGGGCUGUACUGUGGGGACAGGGGGACCCUGGGUCUAAUGUCACCGUCCAGAUCACACCAGGGGACAGCGAGUUCAAAACAGUCAACAGUGACGCUGGUUUGUGGAAUGUAACUCUUGACCCUAUGAAAGCUGGUGGACCAUACAAUGUCACAGCUAUCCAGUACUUCAAAGGUGUAACGCCACUAGAGGCCAUCCGCAAAUUGUUCAACGUCAUGUUUGGUGACGUCUGGGUCUGUAGUGGACAGAGUAACAUGCAGUUCACUGUGAUGAUGGGGUUCAACUCCACGGAGGAAAUCCUGGCAGCCAACAACUACCCCAACAUCAGACUGUUCACAGCAGGGCUGGUGGGCUCUGACACACCCCUCAGUAACCUGGACAGGGUGGAACAACCCUGGUCUGUGGCAAGUGCAGCCAGUGUAGGUGGGGGGAUGUGGAACUACUUCUCUGCGCUGUGCUGGUUCUACGGACGUGACCUGUACGAUACUCUCCAGUACCCCAUCGGUCUGGUGGCCUCCAGUUACGAAGGAACCCCCAUAGAGUACUGGUCCUCACCAGAGGUCCUGCAGAAGUGUGAUGUUGACAAUACUCUGCCUAAAAGAGAUCAGUCUCUGGAUCUUCGAAAGCAUGCCCCUAAGCGCACCCCUAUAGUUCCUGGUGACAACCAGAACUCUGUUCUGUGGAACGCCAUGAUUCACCCCUUACUCAACAUGACCAUCAAAGGAGCCAUCUGGUAUCAAGGUGAGUCCAAUGCGGACCACCCUGACUCCUACCUGUGCCUGUUCCCCGCGAUGAUUGACAGCUGGAGAAGCAGCUGGUACCAGGGAACAGGGGGGCAGACAGACCUCACCUUCCCCUUCGGCUUCAUGCAGAUCUCAGGAAAUGUGCCAGGUUCCACAGACCUGGGUUACCCAGAGAUCCGCUGGCACCAGACGGCAGACUUUGGUUAUGUUCCCAACCCGAAGAUGGAGAAAGUCUUCAUGGCAGUGGCUAUGGACCUGUGGAGACCUGACUCCCCAUGGCUGACUGUCCAUCCCCAGGAUAAACAGGACAUGGGUACCAGACUGUCGCUGGCAGCCAGGGCCGUGGCGUACGGAGACAAGAACAUCAAGUUCCAGGGACCUUUCCCCUCCAGUCUGCAGAUGGGAAACGACACCAUUGUUGUCCAGUAUGGCCCAGAGGCAGGGCAUAUAGAGGUCAGGAGCACUGGUGGGUUUGAGGUGUGCUGCUCGUCUGUGAAGAACAACUGCAAUAAAGACACGGCCAUGUGGGUGGAUGCUCCGAUGGUCCAUGCCAUCCGUCCGAACGCCACUGACAGCGUCACGGUGUCCACCACCAACUGUCACAAGAUAGUCACGGCAAUCCGCUAUGCCUGGAGGGAGACCCCCUGUAGCUUUAAGCAGUGCCCUGUGUACGGGAUGGGCUCUAUGCAGGUUCCUCUGCCUGCUCCUCCAUUCCUGAUGUACAUGAGGGUUCCACAAGGGUGACAUGGCAGGAUUACAAACAGAUUUGACAUAAAACGUCACGAUUUCACAUGCCCGUAGCCAGGGUUUGGACGAACCCCCCCACAAGGCUCAAAUGUCCACUUUUUGGUCCACUUUUUAUCUAAAGGUCCAAGAUUUUUCUUUAAAAGACGGACUGAUUCAUGUCACCAGCAAGGAAAACUGCUCACUUUGUUAUUGAAAAAAGUUAUCUCUGAAAUCCUCUAAAAAAAUGCAGGAAAUUCCAUUUCAGAACGUUCAUUUUUUAAAUUUCCCGGGGGAGCUUAAAAAGCCAAAUCAGGAUAUACUGUAAGAUACCUGGGCUAUAAUACAAGAAAAGUUAAAUGCUGGUGACUUUUCCUUGGUAAAAGAAUUUCCAUGGAUCCCAGAUUUAGUAAAAACAUCCCAGAUUUAGCCAUGGCCAUAUCAGCUAUGUGUCCUUCUUGCCAUUUCCUCAUGUCUGGAUUUGCUGAAUCAUGGCAAAUCAAACACCAUGUGAUAACAAAUGUGAUACGUUUGGAUACCAUUUUGAUUGUGAUUAUUUUUUUCUUGACACUAUCAUAAAAAUAUAUUACUCCCGAAUGAAAUGGUAUGAUGUAGAUGCAACAAUGGUACAUGUAUGCAGUAGAAUACAACCAAUAUUCACAUGCCAUUGAUUUAAGCUGAUGUGGGACAUUCAUUGCAAUAGAGGUUUAAAUUAGUAGUCAAGUGCACUUGUUAGUACUGGUUGAC